ACCUGGCUGUAUGGAUGAGUUUCAUCAGAGUGUAAGCUUGCUUCAGAGUCUGGAAAUGGAGUCGACUGUAGCAUCUGAAGUUUCUCUGCUCAAUGCUUCAGUGAAUGAUGCCAUUAUGUCAAGGUUUGGCUACACCAUUCUGGCCAUAAUCAUUGAUUUCGUCUCGGUUUGUGGCGUCAUAUUGAACGUGACGGUGAUCGUGGUGACUCUUCGGCACAGACAGCUUCGUCAGCCGCUCAACUUUGCUCUAGUCAAUCUGGCCGUGGCCGAUCUUGGCUGUGCAGUGUUUGGGGGGCUGCCAACAAUGGUGACCAAUGGCAUGGGCUACUUCAGUCUGGGCAGGGUGGGAUGUGUGCUGGAGGGUUUCGCUGUUGCCUUUUUUGGUAUUGCCGGUCUGUGUUCUGUCGUGAUCAUCGCGGUCGAGCGAUGUCUGGUGGUUUGCAGACCGAUGGGUCUGGUUAUCUUUCAGACGAGACAUGGGGUGAUGGGAGUGAUGGUGGCCUGGCUCUGGUCAUUCCUGUGGAACACUCCUCCACUGUUCGGAUGGGGUCGAUUUGAGCUAGAGGGCGUGAGGACGUCUUGUGCUCCAGACUGGUACAGCAGAGACCCGGGAAACAUCUCCUACAUCACCUGCUACUUUCUCCUCUGCUUCGCACUGCCGUUCUCCGUCAUUGUCGUCUCCUACAUGCGUCUCUUAUGGACCCUACGACAGGUGAGUAAACUGAAGAUUCAGAGCACCGUUCGAUCAGAGAUGCAGGUGGCCUGUAUGGUGGUUGUCAUGGUGAUGGCCUUCCUGCUCACGUGGCCUCCCUAUGCUGCUUUUGCUCUUUCUGUGAUUUUUGACCCGACACUUUACAUUGACCCCAUCAUCGCCACAGUUCCCAUGUAUCUGGCCAAGAGCAGCACUGUUUUUAACCCCAUCAUCUACAUCUUUAUGAACAGACAGGUGAAAGUCUACCUCAUGCUUGACGCAGUUUCACUGACAUCACAUAAUUUAUCUGUCUGGACUGAUGUAAUAUUGCUCAUUCAUUCUAAUAUCCUGUACGAAGUAUUAUAUCACCGCUGUCCUUUUGAAACCGUAUAUGUACAAUUUAGCUGUUUUUCAGGAAAUGGGAAAACACUGUAUCUUUUAAGUGAUUAUACUGUGUUGUCAAAGUUGACAAGCACUUUCUAAUACUUUUUAUUGUUUAGAUAUUUGUAAACCCAGUGACAAACAUAAAAGGCGACUAAUAAUAAUGAUUUAUGGCAAAAAAAAUCUCAAUUUAAUCCCCAUCAUGUCAUUCUAAUCCCGUUUGAUUUAUCUUCUCCUUUGCAUCACAGCUGCCCUGAGGUUUAUGCACUCAUAUGGACAUACACAAUAGUACUUAUAUUAUAUUACAGUAUUUCGUACUCAAAACUAUAUUACGCAAAUUAGUCAUGAAAAUACUUUUUUAGUGUAAGGAUAGCUUUGGUUAAAGGUGUGCUAAAUUGUCAAUUAUUAACGCUCAGUUUUUCUAAUGCAAAUGAUCUACCCAAACUAUUCAUUUAGGUCUUUACAUUGCUCAGAAGCAUUUUACAUCUCAUCUUUAUAAUAUGUUAGUGUGAUGCAGAACUCUCUCUCUCGUUGUGUCAUUGCAUCAGUUCAGAGAGCAUGCUGUGGCGUUCAGAGUCACGCCUUCAUAAUCACAUUCUCUUCUACACAAGUACAGGACAUAAUGAACUUGGAGCAAGACCUCCAUCAGCUAGUGAUGAUAUGCCUGAGGUCAGAAUCGACUCCCGCUGUUGACCUUUUAAAUAUGACGUUCCCACUGCUAGACGUGAUUGGUAAAAACAACUGUAAAUGUGCUGCAAUAUAAAAUGCACAAUGUAUUAGUUUACUUAGACAUAAAGUACUCUAAAGUCAUUCUUCCUUUCUUUAGCCGAACACAAGUUGGGUCAUUUUAAAUAAUAUCCUGGCUCUUCCUAGCGAUGGCACUGGAUAGAGCCAAAGUUCAAAAAAGUACAUCCAUCCAUCAUAAAUGUAACCCACAUGACUCCAGGGGAUUAAAACAUGUAUUUUGACCCCGUUUCGAUUGGAAGUAAACAAAGUCUAGGAGUCGAUUCUAUCAACUCCAGCAGUGGGAGGCGAGAGGCUGAGGUGACUCCAGAAAAACCUGGAAUCGGACACCUGAACCGGUAUCAGCAGGAGUAACAAUGUCACGCCUUCAUAAUCCCAUUCUCAUAUAGCUUCAGACACUACAGGAACACUGAUGAAGGACGGGUCAAACCCACUCCACAGCAUCUAAAGCUUUUGAAUUCCCAGCCUGUUUUUAUGUAAAAAUGUUAUCUCUUGAUACUGUCAGUGGAAAUUAUAUAAUUAUUAAAUCACUAACGCUC